AUGCGGGCUGGCGAUGAAACCGAAACGAGCAUCACGCGGCCGCAAUACCCUGGGGAUGAUAUUCGGCCCACCAGCAAAAAGGAACUCGCCGGAUGGUAUAGCUAUGGCUGGGCAGCGGAGGUUUUUACGGUCUGCGCUAUGGGCUCCUUCCUCCCCAUUACCUUGGAGCAAAUGGCUCGCGACCGCGGUGUUCUUUUGUCCGAUAAGGUGACCCCCUGCAGUGCUACCUUGAAUGGUCCAUCGAAGACGUCCACACAAGCCCAGUGGACGCUUUCUUCAAGAUAUGAAGCCGGAGGACCAACAGUGGUAAACCAGUGUGUGGUCUAUAUAUUCGGUGUCGAGAUAAAUACUGCAAGUUUCGCAAUGUAUACCUUCUCGGUGAGUGUCUUUAUUCAAGCCAUCCUGAUCAUAUCGAUGUCAGGAGCCGCAGACCAUGGAAGUCAUCGAAAGCUGCUUCUAGUGGCUUUCGCUGUGAUUGGCUCGGUCUCCACAAUGCUCUUUCUGGGCGUGGUGCCUAAGAUCUAUAUGGUGGGGGCAGUGAUUGCGAUAAUCGCAAACACCUGCUUUGGAGCCUCCUUUGUGCUUUUGAAUUCAUUCCUACCCUUGUUGGUACGCCAUCAUCCUUCUGUGCUUCGGGGUGUUCGCGAACCGCCCCCUGCUUUGGAUGGUUCUCGCGCCCAAGAAGGUCAUUCUGAUACCAGAAACGAUAUUGAUCAGGGCAUUGAGUCUAAUGCCACCUCGCCCCUGCUUCAUGCCCAUCAAGGAAAUAGCGAAAACGCUGCAGCGGGCAUGCAUCCCGCAACUCCCAUUACAGUUUCGCAAGAGCUGAAGCUAUCAACUCGGAUAUCUUCUUUUGGAAUUGGAAUCGGCUACAUCGGUGCCAUUAUCCUACAAACCGUCUCCAUCCUCGUCGUCAUCGCUACCAACCAAACUACCUUCUCCCUGCGUCUCGUACUGUUUCUAAUCGGGAUUUGGUGGUUUAUUUUUACAAUACCUGCCGCGCUCUGGCUGCGAUCUCGCCCAGGCCCACCAUUGACUACCACUCAUCAGGGGAAGCACACCCGCUCUUGGAUCGGUUACAUGGCAUAUGCCUGGAAGUCGCUUUAUCGGACAGCAGUGCGGACACGUCAUCUCAAAGAUAUCUUACUGUUUCUCGCCGCUUGGUUUCUUCUCAGUGAUGGAAUUGCCACCGUCAGCGGGACUGCGGUACUCUUUGCAAAGACACAACUCAAUAUGCAACCCGCAGCUUUGGGACUAAUCAAUGUGAUUGCAAUGGUGGCCGGUGUCUUGGGGGCGUUCUCUUGGAGUAGUGUUUCGCGGGUACUCAAUCUCAGCGCGUCACAAACAAUCAUUGCAUGCAUUCUCUUAUUCGAGCUAGUGCCUCUCUAUGGUCUUUUGGGGUUUAUUCCAGCAAUCAAGAGCCUCGGGUUUUUGGGCCUCCAGCAGCCGUGGGAGAUGUUCCCACUGGGAAUUGUGUAUGGGCUUGUCAUGGGCGGCCUGUCCUCUUACUGCCGCAGUUUCUUCGGAGAGUUGAUUCCUCCUGGCAACGAAGCAGCAUUCUAUGCGCUUUAUGCCAUUACUGACAAAGGGUCGAGCAUUUUUGGCCCUGCAAUUGUCGGCAUCAUCACCGAUCGCUACGGUGAAAUUCGGCCGGCAUUUGUGUUCCUUGCAAUUUUGAUAUUUCUCCCAUUGCCACUGAUGCUACUUGUGGAUGUUGAACGAGGGAAGAGAGAUGCGCUUGCUCUUGCUGCAGAGUUGCAGCCAUCAGGCGCUCAAACCUACGGAACGCUUCCGGGAAACGAGGACCGCGCCCCGCCAAGUGAGCUAUAG